GACAGUUGCUUCGUGAACUGUCUAGGUUUUAGUUGUUUGGAGUGUCAGUGCUUGACUUUUUGCAUAAUAAUUCCGAUUUCUCUGCUUUGUUUACAAACACACUGACGGAAUGUUGACUAGGAUUUUACGAACAAAUUUUUGGAACGAAUAUCGUUUGAUGUCAAGCUCAUUUCAAGCAAUGCAGAACAAGGUGGAAGUGAGCGUUUUGCAAGGGCGUGUGGUUGGACUUCAAGAUACUUUACCAAAUGGAAAGCCGCUUUUUUCAUUCAAAGGCAUCCCAUAUGCUCAAUCACCUAUCGGUGAACUUCGCUUUACUGCGCCAAAAGCACUGGAGAAAUUUAAAGAACCAGUUUUAGAUUGCAGCCGCGAGAGAGAUCCGUGCUACCAUAAAGACAUGAUCAGUUUAGAGACAGUGGGUUCGGAAGACUGCCUUUUUCUGAAUGUUUAUACGCCAAAAUUAAGCGAUGCAAAAGAUUUGCCCGUGAUGAUUUGGAUCCAUGGUGGAGCAUUCGCAUCGGGAAGUGGGGACAGCGACUACUUUUCACCCGAGUAUUUAGUCGAACAGAAUGUUAUCGUCGUCACAAUCAACUAUCGACUGAGUAUCUUAGGCUUUUUGUGUUUACCUGAUGCGGGCAUUUAUGGCAAUGCUGGUCUCAAAGACCAGCGCUUAGCAAUGCAAUGGGUGCAACAGAACAUUGGCAAAUUUGGUGGAAAUGCUAACAAUAUCACCUUAUUUGGAGAGAGUGCAGGAGCUGCUUGUGUUCAUAUUCACACACUGUCCGCGAACUCUCGUAAAUAUUUCCACAAAGCCAUUUGCCAAAGUGGAAACGCAAUCAUGGAAUGGGUUAUGCAAUCGAAAGCAGAAGAAAAGUCGAAAAUUCUCGCUUCGCGUUUGGGAUGCACCGAAACAGAUCCACAAAAAAUACUCCAAUUUUUGCGUGGCAUCGAUCAUCUUCCAACACUUUUUAAGGAAUAUUUCGGUACUCUAUCCGAUGACGAGCGUCGCAGAGGUCUUCCAAUUGUAUUCAAACCGACUGUUGAACGCGAAACGGACGAAGCGAUUAUUACAAAACCACCGUUGGAAUUGAUGCAAACACAAAUUGACGCCGCCUGCAUUCCAGUAAUGAUGGGGUACAAUUCCAAAGAUGGCCUUAUUAUGUUGAUCGAUGCACUGAAAAACAACAAAUUUGAACAGUAUGAAAAAGAUUUGGCGGUGUUCAUUCCGAAAUCAGUCAAUUUGCCGGUGCAGGAUGAGCGUUGUAAAAUUCUAGCAAACAAAAUUAGGGAUUUCUAUUUAAGUGGCGAAAAAUUGUGUGAAAGUACCCUGGAUGGCUUUGUGGAUUUAUUGACAGAUUAUCAUUUCACUAUUCUUUCAUACCUUGCAGCUGAGCUCCAUUCUAGAUAUCAAAAUAGUCCAAUGUAUUUUUUUCGGUUUUCAAUAGACAAAGAUUUCAAUUUGUACAAAAAAUUUACGCUGAUGGCAUUGGGAAUGCCAAAGACAGAUAUAUUCAAAGGAGCUUGUCAUGCCGAUGAAAUUUACUACUUGUUUAGUUGUCGAAAAUUCUCCAAGAAACCAAGUGAUUUUCCCGAAUCAGAGGUACUUUUGCGUCGAACGUGUGCGUUAUGGACGAAUUUUGCGAAAUAUGGUGAUCCAACACCUUCAACGAGCAACUUCCCACUGUGGAAUCCUGUCAAGAAAAUCGCAGCGAAUGAAAAAGACUUUAAGCUGGAUUACUUCGAGAUUGAUAACGAUCGACUCGUGAGCUGUGUCAAUCCAGAUGGCAAGCGAAUAGAGUUCUGGAGAGAAAUUUAUUAUAAAUUUAACAACGGACUAAUGAAAGCGAAACUAUGAUAUAUUUCUAUUUAAUGUUGUAUUUGUAUCGUUUAUUGGAAGCUGGUUUUUGUAUAGGUAAAAUGAAUUUUUCUAAUAAAAAUAUUUCUUGUUCACAAA